AUGCCGAAUCAAAGCACCUUCAGUCAGCUUCAAAUCCUAAUUGAAAAGGAAUGUUCCAAGGCUUCAUUCGCAUGCGGUGGUAGUAUUACCAUCAAGGAAGACUCCACUGCCAAAACCAAAGCCACGGCCCAGUCCUCGGUGCCUAUCAACCUGUUCUGGGCAUCUCCCAAGGACGAAGAAAUCCAUAGACUGACUUUCCCUGCACAGUCGACAGAGUCAUCGGUCAGCCAACUGGCGAAUGAUUGCACAGUAGCCUCAUUUGGCCGCGGUGAUCAGGAUGUGGUCGAUACAGACUAUCGUCGAGCAGGAAAAUUGGAUACAACACACUUCGCGAGCAACUUUCACCCUACUGAAUUUGGCAUCUUGGAAAACAUUGAACAGAUUUUGCUUCCGGCGAUGGGUGACAAAGCAAACGAUGAAAGUCAUUCCAGAAAACUCAUUGCGGAUCUAUACAAGCUCAACGUCUACUCAGAGCCUUCCGGCCAUUUUUGCAACCAUGUUGAUACCCCAAGAGAUACGACCCAGAUAGGUUCGCUUGUUGUGUGUCUGCCUUCUAAAUUCGAAGGUGGGAACCUCCUAGUUCGCCAUGGCGGCCAAGAGAUCAAUUUCGAUUGGUCGUCUAAAAGUGCGUCAACCGUACAGUGGGCUGCCUUUUACAGUGACUGCGAGCAUGAGAUCAAGACUGUUACAAAGGGGCACAGAAUCACUCUUACCUACAAUCUGCAUCUCGUAGAUAUGAUGGGCGGUGCAAUUUUGUCACCGAGACGAAUUGUCGACCCAGACACGCUUCCUCCAUAUAAACUUAUCAAGUCCAUGGUAGGAAAGAAAGAUUUUAUGACCGAAGGUGGUAUACUUGGCUUUUUCUGCUCUCAUGCGUAUGCACACACCUCUGGUGACGCAGCACGCCGUCUUCCCAAGAAUCUAAAGGGUGCCGACAUUAUCAUCUACAGUAUUUUUCAAAGUCUCAGAUAUGAAGUUUCAAUUCGCCCCGUACUCGACGAACAAGUUGAGUUCACCUACUACAAGGGCAGAUUGGUGGAUGCACAAAUGGUAUCAAACAUGCCUCGUGACAUGAGUGGUGCGAAUGGGAAUAGAAAGAGAUGGGAAAAUCUUAGAGGAAGGAAAAGCACCAAGCGACAACAGAGGAUUGCCGAUCUUGUUGGGACCGAACUACACAAGGAGAUUGUUGCUAGCGCUUCUCAAGUGGAAACAGAUUUAGAAGAAUUGCUAAUGAUUGAGGAAGAUUGGCCAAAUGAACCAAUUGAGGAUAUUCACUGGCUAACUUCGGCGAAACAUUAUGACACUGCUCUCACUUACACUGCCUAUGGCAAUGAACCCUCUGUUGGUUACAAGUACUCAUACGCUGCUAUUCUAGUGACGAUUCCUGCAUGGGAAAAGCGGCAGAGACAGUAA